AUGACCACUCUUCGCACGUCUUUGACCGUCGCGUCGUUCAUCGCAGCCCUCGUCUUCCUCUCGCUCCUUUCCGCCUCCCACGCCGAUCCAGGGGUAGCGCACGUCGAAGACUCAUUCAACAUACCCCUAUCGCCACAUGAGUUGAAAGUGGAUCUUGAUGACGCCGGCAUCCCUCACGUUGGCCCGAACUUGGAGCGGUUCGAACGGAACGAGAAGCGCGCCUCGUACGGCUCUGGACAGCCAUAUUGGGUGGAGCAAAUCCCACGAAGAGGCAAACCUGCAUACGGCCGCAAUGACUCCUAUGUCAUGUUUCGAAACGUUUUGAAAUACGGUGCAGACCCUACUGGAACUGUAGAUUCUACAGAAGCCAUCCAAAGAGCAAUUGCAGAGGGAAAUCGAUGUGGGUAUUACACUGGCGGCUAUGAGGGCGGCCAGCAAAUGUACGAUUAUGAUCUCGAUGAUGGAACCUUCUACUACGGAUGUGAUUCGCAGACGACCACGCCCGCCAUUAUCUACAUUCCGUACGGAGUCUACCUCAUAUCGAAGCCUGUCAUCAUGUAUUACUAUACCGCCGUGGUUGGAGACGCGAACAAUCUGCCCGUCUUGAAGGCUACGCCUGACUUUUCGGGUAUUGGCAUGCUGGACACCAAUCCAUACGUGAUUUACAACAACCAGUGGUAUCAAAAUCAGAACAACUUUUGGCGACAAGUGCGAAAUCUGGUCCUGGACACGACCGAUGUACCCAAGUCGGUCGAAAUGCAUGCUUUGCAUUGGCAAAUCGCCCAGACCACGCACUUACAAAACAUCGUUUUCAACAUGCCAAUCUACACGGACGAAGACCCCAACGCACACGUCGGCAUAUUUAUGGAGAAUGGCUCCGGACUUUGGAUUGAAGAUCUGAUCUUCAACGGCGGGUACCAUGCUUUCUUUGCCGGCAACCAACAGAUCAAUGUCAGAAACCUUACCUUCAACGACUGUCAUACAGGAAUCUUCCAGAACUGGGGCUGGAUAUGGAGUUACAAGAGCCUGACCUUCAACAGGUGUGUCGUCGGCUUCAACAUGAGCCAGGGAGGCGCUGUGCCCACUGUCGGUCAAAUGGCCAUCCACGACUCGGACUGGAACGAUUGCCAGUACGGAGUCAUGACAGGGUUUUCGGGUGUCAGCACUCCGGUCGGUGCUGGCCAGUUGACACUGGGCAACUGCAACUUCGCCAAUACCAAUCCUGCUGUUGCCGCUCCCAACGGAACGCUCAUCAUUGAAGGCAAUCAAAGAAUCGACAAUUAUGUCCAAGGCACAACGUAUGUGAUCUCGGAUCAGGCCGGUGCGAUUGAGGUGAAUGGCAGAGAAUGCUACGGCCCGCAUGCAGAAUAUGCCCGCGUGCAACAACUCUGGACGGCCCCUCCCAUCAGCCGAAGCCUGCUCGACUCGAAUGGCAAGUUUGUGGAGAGGAAGAAGCCGCAAUACGAGGGUGAGCCAUGGGAAAACUUCGUCUCCAUCAUCGAUUAUGGAUGCCCUGCGGAUGGCGUGACAGAUGCCACCGAAUGUGUCCAAUCUUUCCUCGACUCGCUCCAAUUCCCCAAGAUUGGGUUUGUCGACCACGGUGCAUAUGUGAUUACAUCGACCGUGACCAUUCCGAACAACAUCCGCCUUGUUGGCGAACUUUGGCCUCUCUUUAUGGUUUACGGGGACAACUUUCAGAACAUGGACGAACCCGUGGUCGCUUUCCGCGUCGGCCAGCCCGGUGACGUGGGCACGACAGAAAUCAGCGAAAUCCUCUUCCAGACCCGCGGCCCUACUCCUGGAGCCAUCAUCAUGGAAUGGAAUUUGGCUUGCACGGCCCCUGCCACGUGUGGUGCUUGGGACACACACUUCCGUAUUGGCGGAACGAAUGGCACAUUGCUGCAGAAUUACAACUGCAAGAAGAGACCCAAUAUCGCCCACGGUGCUGACAGACCUGAAUGCUUCUGUGCCUUUUUGAUCCUUCACGUCACAACUACGGCGAAAAAUGUCCUGUUCUCCAACCAAUGGCUUUGGGUGUCUGACCACGAGCUAGAUCUGGACGGCAAGGAUCAGAUUGAUAUCUACAACGCUCGCGGUCUACUAAUCGAAACGCACGGCCCGAUUUGGUUCUACGGCUCCAGCUCAGAACAUUCCAUGCUGUACAACUACCAAAUCGCCAACGCCAAAGACGUCUACCUCAGCAUGAUGCAAAGCGAGACAGCCUAUAUGCAAAGCAACCCCAACGCCAUCUCCGCCUUCCCACCCAAACCCGGCCCACCCUGGAACGACCCGGACUUCUCUGAAUGCUUCAGUCGGGGCUGCUUCAAGACCAUCGCUGUCCGCAUCUUCAACAGCAGCUACAUCUUCUCGUACGGCGCAGGUCUCUACUCGUUCUUCGAGAACUACGACACGGGCUGCAUCAUGACGAACAACUGCGACGAGCGCCGGAUCAAGAUCGACCAGAGCCAGGGGAUUUACGUCAGGGGGCUGGCGAAUAUCGCGGCGCAGUAUAUGGUGCAGGUGGAUGAUUUGAAUCUGGCGCCGUAUGUGGAGAAUGAGAGUACGGAUAUUUUUGAUAACGUGGCGAUUAUUGAGUAUCCUUGA